AUGAACGUGCAUCUUAGAUCGACGGACGAUCAGCUGUAUCGCCCACCACCCGGGCAUGCACUCACUAGGCAGAAUAUCAAGCGGCCCAAAAGUGCCGAUCCAAAACCUGGCCGGUCUGGGGACAGCGAAGAAGUUGACAUGGAGGCUUUGUGCAAAGUGAUCAGCUCCAUCCGACUGAAGAAUUUGCUGAUGAAGCAGAACGUAAUGGAAGCGUUUAUGCGUAAACUAUUUCAGUCCAUGAAAGAGCUGAAGGAAAUUGAAAUGAAGCGCGGUAAAUCAGCCGCCUUAGACAAACAACGUCAGCUUAAGCUGACCCGCAUGUUACAAAUACUCAUGUUGCAACGUCGCAAUUUGCAAUUACAGACAGAUACUAUGCAAAAAGGUAUCAUACUGCUCAGUCAUAAGUACACCAAUCUGAGAAAAAAGGCUGAUGCUCUGUUGCAUGAGAACAACUCGUUACGUAAAGAUUAUUGUCAUCUUAAAAAUGAUCUUGAGAUGAAAAGCAUUCAAAUCGACAGUUUACUUCAAAACAAAGCAUCUUUACAAAAACAAGUGGAAAAUCACACAAGCUUGCGGAUACAAUCGGAAAAUGCUCAAUUUGAAUUGAAAAGGCUCAGAGUAGAAAACGAGAAUCUGAAAGAGGCGCUCCAACAGCUGGAAGUCCUGUUGCGAACCAAGGUACAAGAGCGUGAAGAACUGGAGCUGCGCAAUUCACAGCUGCAGCAGGAGCUGGAAGGUAAAGAUGCAGAGGAUGCUAAUAUACGCGUACGUACCGAACGGUUAAUAGUUGAGAACCAAACUCUCCGGCAAGAACUAGCCCAAUAUCAAAUGGGUCGCACUGAUGCACAUCUGAUGUCCGCGGAAGCGGAACGAGUGCGUGAGAGGCUCACCCAUCUUCAACGGGAAUACUUACGUCUACAGCGUUUGUAUACCAUGGAAGCUGAGGCGCGAAAGAUGCUACACAAUCAGUUGCAGGAGGUGAGGGGAAAUUUGCGUGUUCUUUGUCGAUGUAGACCCUCCGUACCGGGUGAGAAGUGUUUGAUACAAUUCAAUUCCUUGGAUCGGAUAACGGUACCGAAUGUGUCCCGCAACAACUGCACUACGGCCUUUCAGAAACAGUUCCAGCCAGACCAGUCAUUCAGUUAUGGAGUCAGUGAGGAGUCCUUCAGCUUCAACAGGGUAUUUCGUCCGAGUGCAACUCAGGCGGAUGUGUUCGAAGAGAUUCGUCCACUUAUUGCUUCAUGUGUGGAUGGGUACAAUGUCUGCAUCAUGGCCUAUGGUCCAACUGGAUCCGGAAAAACAUACACUAUGCAAGGAACACCAAAAGAUCCUGGUGUCGGUCUUCGAGCAGUGACAGAACUAUUUGAGUUGUGUCAACCUCUGCACGGUAUCUGGGAUUUUCAACUGAGCAUCGCCAUGUUAGAGAUUCACAACGAAGUGGUGUACGAUUUACUAGGUGAUCCGAUUAAACCUGUUAAGAUAUCUGAUGAUGGUGUGGACAUUCGGUUGAUUGAUGCCGAGGAGAAGAUGGCUAGCACGGAGCAAGAGAUGCUCUCGUGGAUUGCUAAAGGUCAUAAACGACGGAAGGUCACAGCAACAAAGCUCAACGUAGAGUCAUCACGUUCCCAUCAUGUAAUUCGUGUGCAACUGGUCCUUAACAACCUAUUUGACAAAACCAAGCGUAGUUCGUCGCUCAUACUGUGUGAUCUUGCAGGUUCGGAGAGUGCUGAACGUAUAGAAGCUAUCGGUGAAGUACACAUCGAAACAGGCUAUAUUAACAAGUCAUUGGUCACACUUGCCCGAGUUUUUGAAGCACUCAGACGACGGAAUCAAUCUUAUCAACCUGGAGCUUCGGGAAAUUCAGUCCCAGCUCCAUACAGGGACUCAAAAUUGACGCAUCUGUUGAAGCCGUGUUUGGGAGGUCAGGCUAAGUGUGUGCUGAUCAUAACUUUGUCAGGGGAAGUCGCUUCCAUAGACCGCAGUCUGAAGGCGUUGGAAUUUGGAAAACAAGCAAUGCAAAUCUCGUUGGGUCCAGCGAGACCGAACGAACGGAUACUAUCGAGCUGGACAAGUAAAAGGCGCCAACGUAGUCUUGAUCCGAGUUCACAGUCAGUGACGUAA